ACUGUGUCCUCACCCUCAAAAGUUGCAUUUCGAAGCUGUCGGGACUUGUUGGAUCACCCUCUCAGCUUGCACACCAAUUCGUGGCAUUUUAAAAUUAAAGCCUGGGAAGCACACCCUCCUCUCGGUUCAGUUCCCACUGGAUUUACUGCUCAUCGCUCGUAUUCCCCUGAAGUGGAGAAAUAGUUGUUGUGGCAAGCAAACUCCGCUUCUUUAAGCUAAUAAAGGCUCCAUCUUGGAUGUACUACUUAGGAUUCUGCCUGCUUCAGAAGCAGCAGGAGAAGUCGGGAGGGCAUGCUAAGGGCAAGAGCGUGUGGCUCCUACUUGUGCUCCUGAUGGGGGAAAAUUUUGAUUUUUGAGGAAAAGAGAGACGGGCGAGUGUGGGGGGCCAUGGAAGGGGGAAUGGCUGUCGCAGGUGAUGACGAGGGCAGCAGCGGAGUUGGAAAAGAGGAGUUUUUAGGGGUAAAGCUGAGGAGAGGGGUCGCAGUGGAGAAAAAGGGCGGCCUUUGCACUCCGGUACCCGCCUGGAAGUUGGGAGCGCUCGGCUCUUCCGAGAGCGAACCGAGCGAGCCCAAGAGGAGUUCGGUGUCGGCGCGGAAGCUUGGAGCGAACCUAUGGGAGAACCAGGACUUGGUGCCCUACGCAGCGACGAGCCGGAGACGCGACAAGCUCCGACGACAAAGGGAAGGGAAGGCGAUUGAUGACGGUCUUGACAACCGGCUUGAAAAUGCAAGUAGUUUGAGGCGGCAUGUUGCAGCUUCAUUAGUAAAAAAUUACAAAUUGAACGAGAGAAAACCCCGAGCUGUGGAACUUGCAUCUCCUGCAAGUUACAGUAGUUCCAUGAAGUUGCAGUUGGCUGCAAUUAGUCAAGCUACGCCUUGCAGUCUUCUGGAUCUCAAGGGGAAAAAUGGCGAGGCACGAUAUGGUCUCAGAACAUCAACAGAAUUGUUGAAACUACUAAAUCGAGUUUGGAGCCUGGAAGAACAGCAUGAAUCGAAUGUAUCAUUGGUGAAAGCAUUGAAGGUGGAGCUAGAGCAUGCACAAGCACACAUUCAAGAACUGAUGCAAGAGCAUCAUCUAUAUCGUUGUGAAAUGGAUGAUCUAAUGAAGCAACUUGGAGAUGACAAACUGAUUAGGAAGAACAAAGAGCAGCAGAAAGUGAAAGAAGCAGUACAGUCAGUUAGAGAUGAGCUUGAAGAUGAGAGACAUCUUAGAAGAUGCUCUGAAAGUCUUCACCGAAAACUAGGAAAAGAGUUGUCCGAAGUGAAUGCUGUGUACAUGAACGUUUUGAAAGAUCUGGAUACCGAGAGAAAGUCAUGUGGCCUUUUGGAGGACCUGUGUGAUGAAUUUGCAAAAGGCAUUACAGAUUAUGAGCAAGAAGUCAGGGAGUUGAGCCAAACAACUCCUAGAGAUUGCUGCCAUAAAGUAGAUAGAUUGGUACUUCAUAUUUCAGAAGCUUGGCUCGAUGAGCGAGUUCAGAUGAAUAUUGCUGAAGCUCAAGGAGAUUUAGCUGAAAAAAUAACAGUUGCAGACAGACUAAGAAAUGAAAUCGAAUCAUUUCUUCAAACUCGAAAAGCUAGUGCCUUGUGCAGUAAUAAUGCUUACGAUGAUAAGAGACACUGUAACUUACGGCGUCAAUCUCUUGAGUCUGUCCACUUAAAUGGGGCUACCAGUGCACCUCAUGAUGCUGAUGAUGAAGAUGAAUCUGUGGCAAGUGAUGCACUCUGCUUUGAGCUCAAUGUGAGUUCUCGUAACCAUGGAAGCCAUGACCAGCUGAAACACAUUAACCAGAAUGUAUUAGAAAAGCUGGAAACUCGAGGAAUGACUACUUCACUGGGAGAAAAGAUAGGCCCUUCAGACUGCAAUGAAAAUUUAUCAGACUUGCGCAUCCAAUAUAACCAAUUAAUUGACAAAGCAAAGCUAUCUGUAAACAGAAUUCAGCUAUUGAACAGAAUGCAGGAAGUACACUUUCCGACAGAUGAUGAACAAGCAAAAAUUGAAGUUGAUCCCACUGAGACAAGCAGAUCACUUAAAUCUGAUUGUUAUCAUUCUCAGGAACGCAGACAUGAUACAGAGCAGAAUUUGUCUCACAUGAAUGGUUCAAAGCAUCAGACUGAUAAUCCAGUGAAAAAUCUUGCAACAGUAUCUGGAUGUGGUUCAGUGGAUCAUGGCACAUGCCGUGAAGAUUCUCACAUGUUAUGGAAGUCCCAAAUUGCUUCAAUUGGGGACUCUGAUUUUGGAAAUGUCCAUCAGACAAAUAGCCCAGUUCCGCAGUGGAAGCACCAGCAAACGCCGUAUCUAGCUGAGUCUUCCUCCAGACUGGCACGCGGUGUAAAAGAAAGCACCUUGAAGACAAAAUUGCUGGAAGCAAGAUCAGAGGGAAAACACAGUCGUUUGAAGACCAUAAAGCGCGCGCCCACAGUUCGAAUAAAGCACCGGGGAUGAACUCAUGUCAGUGUCGUUGUCAAAAGACUUUACAUCCUUAGAAAUUAUGUUAAUCCCGCAAUGAAAUUGUGAAUGCCUGCUGGUUCAUUGCUCUGAUUGUUCUUACUGAUAUUGGUGCUAUAUAGCCUUGGAUGGCAUUUACCACUAUAAUGAGGGAUUUCUUUUUGGUUUUAUGUUUCAUGUAUUAAUUACUGAUCUUAUCAAAUAUGUAGAAGCAUUAGCAGUCGAAAUGCUGAAGUAGAUUUGAGGCAGUGGCAGUCUCAU